AUGACGCUCUCUAACAAAGCCGCGUACCUUCUCAGCCCCAACAGUGCUCUCAUUGAGGUCAAAUCUGCACCCGUUCCAGAACUUGGACCGAAUGAACUACUCGUCAAAACAGAAGCCGUUGCUAUCAAUCCAGUCGAUGCUGUCAAACAGUCCAUGGGCAAUAUGAUGUUUGAGUGGCUUACAUAUCCUCUCAUUCUCGGUUAUGAUGUUGCUGGCCAGGUUGUGAAAGCUGGAGCUGAUGUUACCCAAUUCAAAGAGGGUGAUAAGAUCGUGGGAUUGGCAGUCGGUAUGGAUAAGCGCGGACGAAGACCUGAUGAGGGCGCUUUCCAACAACUUGUCGUGAUCAGAGAGCAUUUGGCUAUCAAGGUGCCUGAUGGUAUGAAGAGUGCAGAUGCGAGCGUAUUGCCCCUUACUGCAGUUACAGCUGCCUGUGCGCUCUUCCAAAAGGAUCAACUUGUGCUUCGAAUGCCUCAGACCAAGGCGCACCGCAAACCCACUGGUGAGACGGUCCUGAUUUGGGGAGCUGGCACGAGUGUUGGGAAGAAUGCAGUCCAACUUGCUGUCGCAGCCGGCUACGAUGUCAUCGCCACGGCAUCACCCAAAAGCUGGGAUACAAUUCGCGGUCUCGGCGCAUCUGCAGUAUUUGACUAUCGCGGCUCUUCAGUCAUAGACGAUGUGGUGGCAAGUCUAAAGGACAAGAAGUGUGCAGGUGCCGUAGCCAUCGGCCAAGGCUCCUUAGCAAAAUGCGUCGAUAUCAUCAAAACGAUUCCCGGCGCUGCGACGAAAGUAGCCCAGGUCACCCUUGACAUGCCAGCCUCGCCACCAACGACAAAGUUAUCCAUGGUUCCAUUCGUCGCAAAGUAUCUCUGGAUGUCUUCAACAAGCAAACUCAAAGUCAUGAGUAGCGGAGUCCGAAGCAAGUUUGUUUUUGGAACGGAUAUUAUGGAGUGGGAUGUCGAGGGAGAGAUUGCCUUGUAUCUGAGUGAAGCACUAGAGCUUGGGGAGUAUACUCUACCUUCAAAAGCUCGCGUUAUCGGCACUGGUCUAGAGACAAUUUCCGAGGGAUUGGAUCAGAUACGAAACGAGAAGUCUGGGAACAAGAUUGUAGUUGUAUUGAAGUGA